AUGACAACUGUAGUGAGGAGGCGGAGAAAUAGGAUUGAGGCCUUACAAGACAACGAGGGACGAUGGAUGACACAGACAGAGGAGCUCGAAAAACAUGCCAUAGGGUACUACAGGAGACUCUACUCUAUGGAGGAUGUAGAUGAGAUCGCAGAGAAGAUUCAGGUGGAAGGCUUCGCACAGCUUACACAGGAGGAACUAACAGGCCUAAACAGACCGUUCGGGGCCGAGGAAGUAGAGAAAUCGGUGCGGAGUAUAGGAAGGUAUAAGGCGCCGGGACCAGAUGGCUACCAGCCAGUUUUCUAUCAAGAGAAUUGGAACAUGGUGGGAGAUUCCGUGUCUCGCUUUGUGCUGGAGUUCUUCCGAUCUGGGGUCUUGCCACCAAAGACGAAUGAUGCGAUUGUGGUGUUAAUUGCCAAGGUCCUGAAACCGGAGAAGAUUACACAGUUCAGACCUAUUAGUUUAUGUAAUGUUUUGUUCAAAACCAUUACAAAAACAAUGGUUAUGCGACUGAAGAAGGUGAUGGCGAAACUUAUUGGUCCGGCGCAGUCGAGUUUCAUCCCUGGAAGGUUGAGCACAGACAACAUCGUGUUAGUGCAGGAAGCAGUGCAUUCCAUGAGGAGGAAGAAAGGCAGAAAAGGGUGGAUGUUACUGAAGCUCGACUUGGAGAAGGCGUAUGAUCGUAUAAGAUGGGAUUUCUUAGAGGAUACGUUACGGGUGGCGAGACUACCGGAGAGCUGGAUUGGUUGGGUGAUGCAGUGUGUAACAGGACCAGAGAUGAGUAUCUUGUGGAACUGUGAGAGAACAGAAGCGUUUAGGCCGAAGAGGGGUUUACGACAAGGAGAUCCCUUGUCACCGUAUCUGUUUGUCCUAUGCAUGGAGCGGUUGUGUUAUUUGAUCGAGAUUGCUAUUGCCGAGAAGAAGUGGAAACCAAUUCAAUUGUCACGAGGGGGACCUCAGCUCUCACAUGUGUACUUUGCCGAUGACCUGAUUCUCUUCGCGGAGGCUUUGGUGGCACAAGUAAGAGUAAUACGACGGAUUCUAGAGCAGUUUUGCGCCGCCUCGGGACUAAAAGUGAGUCUUGAGAAAUCGAAGAUCUAUUUUUCCGAGAAUGUGAGCCGCGACAUGGGGCGACUGAUUAGUGAAGAGAGUGGGAUUGGAGCAACUCGAGACCUAGGCAAAUAUCUGGGAAUGCCUGUAUUGCAGAAGAGAAUCAAUAAAGACACAUUUGGAGAGGUUCUGGAGAAAGUUUCAUCAUUUGAAUCAAUAUCAGAUGCUAAGUUUUGCUGGACGAAUUACACUGACGAGUUGCCAGACUUGAUAAAACCUCGAGAGGUUUUGUGUGGGGAGACACUACAGAACGAAGGAAACAACAUCUCCUCUCCUGGGAUAAGGUGUUUCGACCCAAAGGGGAAGGAGGCUUGGGUAUUCGUAUUGCGGAGCAAAUACAAAGUUAAAGAUAUCAGGGAUGGGUCUUGGUGGAAGACUGCAGGGAAUUGGUCGUCCACUUGGCGAAGCGUCCUGAAGGGAAUGAGAGACGUGGUAGCAGUGGAUGAGAUACCACCCAAUCUGGUGGAGGCGAAAGCCAGAGAUCUAUGGCAAAACGGAAGCGGCUGGAGACAAAACGAGAUAACUCCAUACAUCUCUGAGGAAACGCGACUGCAACUCAUGUCGGUGGUCGUAGAUGAAUACACAGGCGGAAGGGACAGAAUGUCAUGGGGACAUAUUCUGGAUGGUGAAUUCUCGGUGAAGUCUGCUUAUACGUUUCUCACUAGAGAUAUCACACCCGGACCAAGUAUGAACGCAUUGUUUACUCGAGUAUGGCAGGUGAUAGCCUCGGAAAGAACCAGAGUGUUCCUUUGGCUAGUCGCACGACAAGUUAUUAUGACUAAUAUGGAGAGACAGAGGAGGCAUCUUAGCGAUACGGGAAUUUGCCAGGUAUGCAAGGGUGGAGAAGAAACGAUCCUUCAUGUACUCAGAGACUGCCCGGCGAUGUCUGGAAUUUGGAAUCGAAUUGUACCAGCAGCGAAGAAAAGGGAGUUUUUCACCACGCCGUUGCUGGGAUGGUUGUAUGAGAAUCUCGGGUUACAUACGGAGAUGGGAGGUUACACUUGGUCUACUAUCUUCGCUAUUGCUACCUGGUGGGGAUGGAAAUGGAGAUGCUGGAACGUGUUUGGUAAUACUGGCAAAUGCAGAGACCGGGUGAAAUUUGUCAGAGAUCUUGCUAAAGAAGCAGCGGAUGCGCACUCCAAAGCGCGGGUGAAUCCGCCUGCAAGAGCCCGCGUCGAAAGACAAAUCUCAUGGAAACCUCCAAUGCAUGGAUGGUUUAAGGUGAACACGGAUGGAGCUUCCAGGGGAAAUCCGGGUAGAACCACAGUGGGAGGAGUCAUUAGAGAUGAGACUGGUGCAUGGUGCUGUGGAUUUGCGCUUAAUAUUGGGAUAUGUUCAGCUCCCCUGGCCGAGCUAUGGGGAUAUACUACGGCUUGUAUAUGGCCUGGGAAAUGCGGAGGUGGAGGUGGAUUCGGAGUCCGGGUGACUCAUGUUUACAGAGAAGCGAAUCGUGUGGCUGAUGGGCUCGCGAACCAUGCUUUCUCUUUACCGUUUGGUUUUUAUUCUUUUCCUUCUCCAUCUAGUGAGGUUCUGUCUCUGGUGAGUGAAGAUGUCAAUGGCUCUUCAAGAGCCCGGUGGCUUUUAUAUGCCAUCCUGAUCUCUCUGACGUUCUCGGGUUUUGUUCUUGACGAUGGAGUUGUCGCCGAAGGUGUUAAGCCUGACGAAGCUAAACAGCUUCGAGACGAGGUACGUGAGAUGUUUUAUCAUGCUUUCGAUGGAUACAUGAACAAUGCGUUUCCACUCGAUGAACUGAAACCAUUAUCUUGCCAAGGAGAAGAUACUCUUGGAGGCUAUGCGUUGACUCUGAUCGAUUCGUUGGAUACAUUAGCUUUACUUGGUGACAGAGAGCGCUUCACUUCUUCUGUUGAAUGGCUUGGUAAAAAUCUUCAGUUUAAUAUAAACAAAACCGUCUCUGUGUUUGAAACAACUAUCCGAGUCCUUGGAGGUUUACUUUCUGCUCAUCUGAUUGCAAGUGAUUAUGCAACGGGCAUGAGAAUUCCAUCGUACGACAGUGAAUUACUAGUUUUGGCUGAGGAUUUGACAAGGAGAAUGCUUCCGGCAUUUGAUACUCCCACUGGAAUCCCAUAUGGAUCUGUGAAUUUGAUGUACGGUGUUGACAAAGAUGAAAGCAAGAUAACAUCAACUGCUGGUGGUGGUACUUUGACUUUAGAGUUUGGCGUGCUUAGUCGUUUAACAAAUGAUCCUGUUUUCGAGCAAGUUGCAAAGAAUUCGGUGAGGGGACUAUGGGCACGCCGUUCAAGUCUCGGCUUGGUUGGUGCUCACAUCAAUGUCUUUACAGGUGAAUGGACACAGAAGGAUGCUGGCAUAGGAACAAGCAUUGAUUCUUUCUAUGAGUAUCUCCUCAAGGCUUAUAUACUAUUUGGGGACGAGGAAUUUCUAUACAUUUUUCAAGAAGCUUACGGGUCUGCAAUGCAGCACCUUCACAAGGAUCCUUGGUAUGUUGAGGUCAAUAUGGAUUCCGGAGCUAUUGUCUGGCCAGUUUUCAACAGCCUUCAAGCUUUCUGGCCUGGACUUCAGGUUUUAGCUGGAGAUGUUGAUCCUGCUAUUAGAACUCACACUGCCUUCUUCAGCGUCUGGAAACGUUAUGGUUUCACUCCCGAGGGCUUUAAUCUUGCCACACUUAGUGUCCAGUAUGGACAAAAGAGUUAUCCGCUGAGGCCGGAGCUAAUCGAGAGCACAUAUUGGCUAUACAAAGCUACCAGAGAUCCAAAGUAUCUUGAUGCAGGACGUGAGUUCGUGUCUAGUUUGCAAUACGGAGCAAAAUGUCCUUGUGGUUAUUGUCACAUCACAGAUGUUGAACUUCAUAAGCAAGAAGAUCACAUGGAGAGCUUCUUCCUCGCUGAAACCGUAAAGUACUUAUGGCUACUCUUUGACUUAGCUGUUAAUUCAGAUAACCUCGUCGACAAUGGCCCUUACAAAUACAUUUUUAGCACUGAGGGGCAUCUAUUACCAUUGACACCGCAAAUAUCUCUAGCUCGAGAACAUUGCUCUUACUUUGGCGGAUAUUGUCCACGCAACGCCACAAAACCAGAGCAAGAAGAAGAUGAUCGAGUCCCUGGAAUCGAGGUCGGGACUCACAGUAACAUUUAUCCUUACCACGAGUCUUUUCCAGUUACCGGUUUGAUAAAGGGUUUAUGUCCAGGUCUAACUCAUGGUCAGAAAUACGGUUUGUCUUAUGGUUUACCAGAGAAGACAGAACGUGAAGAUGUUAACCGAGCUAAACCGGUGAUCACGAGCCGUUCGGUUGUGGUGGUCUCUGAUCAAACAGUGGAAAAGAGACCGCAGGUUGGUGAAGAUGGAGGGUUUACUUCUCAGUCUGAACCAAUUAUGAGUAUCUCUGGUGGUAGUAGCAACGAACAAACCGGUCAAGAGCUAACUUUGUUAGAGUCAGAAACUGAUGAUCAAAGACUAUACUCUUCUUAA